AUGAUACUUCCUGGUGAACUUCACUAUCAACCGCAGUUUCUUUUGCCCUAUGUUAGUGCUAUGGCGACCGCAACAGUUGAGUACAUUGCCCAUACAUAUGUUUUGGUUAAAUUAGUUGAAAUUGAAGGUUUACCUACUCUAUCUCUACCCGGAAUUAUCCAUCGUGAAGAUACCAUGUAUGGUAUUAAGGAUGAGCACCACUUACACGAAAUGUUCUCACCUGGUGAUGUACUGAUUGGUCGGGUUCUUUCUUUGAGUAAUUCCGGUCCGAUUGUUCUUUCUACUGCUGAUCCAGCCCAUGGUAUCAUUACGGCCGUUGAUUUUACUACUCAAAAACGGCUACCCAUCAAAAACGGCCAAAUUACCCAGAAUGGCAAUGUCUUAAAAAGAAAGCUAGCAUCUCUUUGA